AGAGGGGAAGGCGGAGACGGGGCCAGCCCGAGGAAAUCAAACGGCCCCGGCAUGAAUUAGGCAGCGGCCGCAGAGGGGAGGGCCCCCUCCCCCGCUCCGCUCGGUCUGUGUCUCGCCGGUCCCCGCUCGGAGCGCGGCUCGGGCGCGCACGCACACACGGACCGGCGGCGGGAGGAGGGAGGGAGGGAGAGAGGGCGGGGGGGCCGGCAGAUGAAGAUGGCAAUGUCUGUGAUCCAAGCGUGCCGCAGCCUGGCGCUCUCAACAUGGCUGCUGUCCUUUUGUUUCGUGCAUCUGCUGUGCCUGGACUUCACCGUGGCCGAGAAGGAGGAGUGGUACACGGCCUUCGUCAACAUCACCUACGCCGACCCGGCGGCCGGCGGCGCCGAGCUCCGCAGCGAGAAGAGCGAGUGCGGGCGCUACGGCGAGCAGUCGCCCAAGCAGGACGCCCGCGGGCUGGUGGCCCUCUCCGCCUUGCCCGCCGAGCGCGACGCCUGCGAGCCCGGCACCCGCUUCAACACCCCGGCGCCGGGCAAGAGCUGGGUGGCCCUGAUCCCGCGGGGAAACUGCACCUACAAGGACAAGAUCCGCCACGCCGCCGCGCAGAACGCCUCCGCCGUCGUCAUCUAUAACCUGGGCUCCAGCAACGCCAACGAGACCAUCACCAUGCCCCACGCAGGCUUAGAAGAUGUUGUGGCCAUAAUGAUUCCUGAGCCCAAAGGCAAAGAGAUAGUGAGCCUGCUGGAGAGGAACAUCACGGUGAUGAUGUACAUCACCAUCGGGACGCGCAACCUGCAGAAGUACGUCAGCCGCACCUCGGUGGUGUUCGUCUCCAUCUCCUUCAUCGUGCUCAUGAUCAUCUCCCUGGCCUGGCUGGUCUUCUACUACAUCCAGAGGUUCCGCUACGCCAACGCCAGGGACAGGAAUCAGCGCCGGCUUGGAGAUGCUGCGAAGAAAGCAAUCAGCAAGCUGCAAGUCAGGACCAUCAGGAAAGGUGACAAGGAGACUGAGCCAGACUUUGAUAACUGUGCUGUUUGUAUCGAAGGCUACAAGCCCAAUGAUGUUGUCAGGAUAUUGCCUUGCAGGCAUCUUUUCCACAAGUCCUGUGUAGACCCCUGGCUGCUGGACCAUCGCACCUGCCCGAUGUGUAAAAUGAAUAUUCUAAAAGCUCUAGGGAUCCCGCCAAAUGCAGAUUGCAUGGAUGACAUCCCUCCAGACUUGGAAGCAUCCAUAGGAGGCCCACCCACCAACCAGAUCACGGGGGCCAGUGACAUUACGGUGAACGAGAGCUCGGUGGCCCUGGACCCGCCAGCCCGCCCCGUGGGAGUGCUGCAGGUCAUCCAGGAUGUCGACUCCUUUCCCCAGGCUGGAGAGGGCAACUUCACCACAAGCAAUGAACAGGAGCCAGCAGUCAGCAGUGAUUCAGAUAUUUCAUUGAUUAUGGCCAUGGAGGUUGGACUGUCUGACGUGGAGCUCUCCACUGAUCAAGACUGUGAAGAGGUGAAAUCCUGAAACACAGAGCUGCAGCACUAAACUGCAGGGGAGGGUCACAGGUAGGGACAGAGCCAGCUUUCUAGGGUUUGGACCAGUCAUGCACAUGCCUCCAGAGCACUCACUCCUGCACACUCCAUGCUGAGAUGGUCAUGAGAAGCAAUAGCAGCUGUUGUGUCUGCCUGGAUGUGGUUUCAUCAUCUGCCCCCUUCGUCUGGCUCACAUGGAUGGACACUUCCAGCUCACCCACGUGCUUGAGAGCAGUCAUGGACCUCUCCAGGGGCUCCUAAACAUGCAACUGAAAUGACAGCUGGAGUGUUUUCUACACUUGUUCAAUCAAUUUUCUGUUGGGUUUUUUGAAAAGGCAUAUGUUUAUUUUGAUUUGUUUGUUGGUUUAUAGUUUGUUAUGGAUGGAUGCUCUGUUUUUAUUGACUGACCCCAGCUUUUUCAAGAGUUCAGUCCAAAAAUCCAAAUUCCUCUUCACUGGUCACUUCAUGAUCUGACCAGGAGUUAUCAUUGCCUUGUUUCUGCAUGAAUUAUGUGUGGCUGGCUUCAGAAGGAUGUUGCACCAGCACCCUGCAUUGAUGUAACACCUGCUUUCAGUAAGUGGAAGGCUUGGAAAUGGCAUAUUCUGAAGAGCCCUGAAUUAGCAGAAAUUUGGGUCAAAACAGCAUUAGUUUGUCUUUUACUUAGAGCUCUGUUCUAGACAAGUAUUGUACAGUGUGAAGGAGAGAAAGAAAAGCCUAAAGCAUCACUCCAUCCAUGUAGUCCUGUCCUGUAUUUUAUGCUGUUCAUAGGUGUCAGUGCAUUAGUGUCCUUCCUUCAAAUGACAAUUCAGUAGUUGGAAAAAAAGAACUAGCAUAACAUAAUUUCUUUUCUUAAUUUUACAGACCAAAACCAGAUCAGUGGGCUAAAGGAGCAUCUGAGAGGUUUCCAGAGGCUGCUUAUUAACAGUUCUGCAUUAAGUGGGUGACUGUAUUCUUACAAAGGGUCUGGAGAUGCUUCUGUCAGUGUCAGAACUAAGGGGGCAAGAGGCAGUCAAUUGAAAUGUUUAAUUCCUGGUUAGCUUUGGGUCUUUUCCCUUAGUGUGUUCCAUUUCUUACAGCAGUUUUUGUCUGCUUGUUAUCUAGCAAGAGUUCAGGUGGUUUGUUGCCCUCCAGAGUCCCUGUCAAUGUUGCAUAAUGGAAUAUUUUCAAUUUAUAUACAGAUACAAAUGCCAAAAUAUAUUGGGGAGGGCAUUUGAAAAUAAAAACUAACAUAAAUCAAAACAUCUAAAUAGUAAUGACCUGACAUAAUAAUUUAUUUCAUCCUGAGCUCUACUUUCCAGGUAAGAGCUCAUUGUUAAUUGUUCAGGUAUGAUUUGGUUUUUCAGUCAAAACACUCAGCUGUGAAGAAGCUCACUGUUACACAAGAGUACAUAGUUUCUGCUGGGAGUCAGAUGAUUUCAAUCACAUUACUGCCUCCUGAGUCAGUCCACAGAAUCAACAAUUCAUCUUACACUGAAAUUUCAUGCAGAGGUCAAAUAUUUUGACUUUCAGUGUCAUGGCAGCAUCUCAAAAUGCAACUGUUGGGGCUCACUGCAUUUAAUCUCCUUGUGGAUUUACUUGUUAAAUGUGAAAACCAGCUUCCAGCCAAAAUUUGAGUUUGUCAGAUUUUAUUCAGGAACAAAUGUGUUUAGAACUAGCCCUAAAAUUUUGGCUGACUUGCUUCUUUAGUACAGAAAGAAGGAAAGAAUAUUCUCCAUGCUCUUUUGUCCAUUUAGAACUAAUUAAACAUUUAGUUUUAUUUUAUGUUCUUAGGCCCUUAAUUGUGAGGUAAUUCUGAGGUAAAGGUUUUAAACUGAAAGAGGGCAGAUAUUAGAAAUAAAUUAUUAUUGUGGUGAGGCACUGGUAGAGGUUGACCAGAGAAGCUGUGGAUGCCCCAUCCCUGAAAGUAUUCUGAGCAACCUGGUCUAAGGAAAGAAGUCCCUGGCCAUGGCAGGGGGUUUGGAACUAGAUGAUCUUUAAAGUCACUUCCAACCCAAGCCAUGAAAAUGACCCAUAAAUGUUCUAAAUAUUUAGAAGCCAUUGGAAUGAAAAUCUUUUUUCAAUUUAAGAGAGAGGGAGGCAGCUGGAAAUCUUGGUUAAAAAAGAAAGUUACAGACUGUUCCAGUGGGUACACUAGGUCAGUCUUGACAAUAUUUGUGGUUCUGUAAUCUUGUUUUCCAUGUUCUUUUAUGUCUUCUCUAUUCCUUGCUGCUAUGGGAAAGGCCUGACACAUCAAUGUUGAAAUAGACCACUACAAGAGAGUUUGCACAAGGUACUGCAUCAGCUCCACUUAAGCUCUGUAAAUAAUGCUGAAAUGGGAUUUAAGUGGUGCUUACAUCGAAUUUUGACCCAGGAAUGAAAUUCAUUUCAAACAACUGCAGGGGAAGGAGUGAGGCUGGUUAUGUACAGUCAGGGCACCUAUGGAAAGUCCACACACACUGGUACAAUUUCUUCUCCAGCCCUGGAGUGUGGGUGCUGCAUGUCACAGGAACAUCACAAACACAUCUGAGUUGUCAGUGAUCCUUUCACAUGAGCACACUGCAGCUCAGCACACAGGCAGAGAGCUCCUGGCCAAACUGCUUGGGUUUCAGAGGAGCUGCCACAAAGUCUUCAUUUUAUUUCAUGAACUGGAUUAAUUUGGUCUCAAUGGAUAGAUUGCUGUUGCCAGAGCAGAACAAGCAAAGCCUGUGGAAAAGCCAGGCAGGAGGGGAAACUCCCAGCUGAUCCUGAGCUGGGUCCUUUGCCCAGCAAAAUCACUGAAGGGAGCUGUGCUCAGAAAGGCAUCACAGAUUUGAUAAUUCAGACCCUGCACGUAUUUCUGAGAGUUAAUGAGGAACUUUGUAGGGGUCUCAUGCUGUGCACACACUUUUCCUAAAUAUCCCAUAUUAGAUCUGGUCCCUCAGGGUCCACAGGUGGCCACUGGCAGGGGCAGGGCCAGGCUGGGUGAGUGGUUUUGACAUACCACCAAUUAGUGAUGUGCCUUUUGGAACAGGCAUCCUAGCAAAUCUGGGUCAGGAGUCUUUCUGCUUUUGUUUUCCCAGUUCUGCAUGCAGGUUCACUCAGGGAAGAUGUUGUUCCAUCCCUGUUUUCAGGUGCUCUGCAGCUCUGAGCACUGUUAAGUGAUGGUGAGGGCAAAGCCAGGUUACACAUCACUGAAGCCUGAACUUAGGAAAGCACUUAAGUAAAUGUUUAUUCCGUCCUUCAAAAAACCACUUAUGAUUAAUUUUGGACUUGUACCAAAGUCACAUCAUUCUCAACAGGUCUUCUAUAAGCAUAAUUAAACCCCUGGGUCAAAAGGGAAUGUUUUCCUGAAGCUUGACCUGACUGACAAUAUUCUUUGCAUAUAUAAUCUGUGAACUGCCUUGGGAAUUUGAGGUGCUUUAUAAGCAUUGAGGCCCCCUGAUGUGUGUUUGUAGCAUGUAUGAAAGCCUUAAUUCUGCACAUCUGCCUGCCCAUGCACACCUUGGUACUGCUGCCCACUAAGCUUGGGCAUUGAGUGGGUGGGGUUCAGCUGCUGGGGAUGCAGUGCUGGGUGCUCAGAAGGGAGAGCAGCCUUCAGCAUGCAGCCAGGAAAGAGCAAAAUCCUCUAGAGCCCUCUGACAGGCAAGUGCUCACGGAUACAAUUCUGCAGGCUGGUGCCAUGACUGGAUGGGGGGCAUCACCUGCACAGGGGCAGUGGCCAGGGGAUUGUGUGGCUCCCAGGAAAAGGCACUCUUGUCAUUAAGCUGAUCCUCUGCCUCUCCCAGCAAUUCCUGUCUUGUCCUCUGAAGCACUUUUCUUUUCCAUGAGCAAGUGGUAGUGAAAGAAGCAUUUGCCUUAGUGAGGCUCAUCAUCACUCAGGCUGGGUUGCAGGAUAAAACUUCGUGAGACAGAAACUGCACUUGGAGUAUGCUUGGAUUUCUUGGGUUUCACUAAGCUGCCUUCCCAAAAGUCUGCUCAAUAGGUAGGAUGCAUAGAGAGUUAUAGAGGCAGAGUUUUGCACCCACAAACAACCUGAUGUGUGCAUGCAGAUGUGCAGGGCACCAGGUGUACAUCCCCUCCCCACAGCUCACCUGUUCUGGUGGGGAUACAGAUCUGGCACUUACUGAGGGUUUGGGUUUUUUUAUUUUCUGACUGCUUUAGAGCCUCAAAACCAGGAUCAGGACUGUCAUAGCACUGCAGUUCAUUUUUUAAGCACUCUAUAGAAUUAAAUGGACAUGUAUGCAUAUAAAAAUGCAUUGAUGUGAGUAUGGAAACUGUACUGUUGUAAAAAUCAGAAGCAGUUGUCACUUUUAGGCCUUUUAUUUGAGAUAGAUUGUAGCACUAUAGAAAAAGGCAAUUUGAAAAAAUAAAUUAUGGAAACCACAUAUGAUGUGGUCCUUUGGGUGUCAGUAAUAAUGCCUGGGUCAAAUGCCAAGGAAGUCAUUGCAAGAAGGGCAUUAAUGAUGGGGUACAUCCAUUUUGCAGGACUAAAAUGGCAGAGAAAUCCAGCCUGCUCCUGCCCAGCCCAUCUCACAAGUGUUUGUCCAAGGGUGAGCCUUGGGUGCAGGGGAAGGAGAUCAUGGGAUCAAACCUGCACAGUGCUGCUGCCUCUCCUGUGUUCUGUGCCACCAGCAUCUUUGGAGCAGGUUGGAGAAGGGACAGGAGCUCCAGCAGACCCUGGGCUUUCAGCAGGUUUGGGGCAGCCAAGCUUCUCCAUGGCUAGUGCUGGCCCUAGGUUUGGAGCUUUGUUGAACACUGAGCCCAUGUGGAGCCAUUUGUUUUGUAGAUGCAAAGAUGUGUGAGUGUAUUUGGGAUGGCAGUGAAUCCCAAAUACUUGGGUGUGUUUUAGGGCUCAGGGAAAACGAGCCUGGAGGUGUUGCAGGCUUCUUAAAUAGGGGAAGUUGAUCCAAAAUAAGCACUGCUUUAAUUUACCAAGCUGUCACCUGAACUAACUGAUGGUUUCAGAGAAUGAGGAAUGCCAGAUGGACUGUGCAGGGAGGGUUUGUUGGUGAAGCAGAUGGCAGCUGUGGGGUGGGGCUGCCCCUCUGCCCACCCCACUGAGCUGGACACCCACUUGGCCCCUUUAUCUGCCCAUUUCUUUUUCAAGGAAGCACCCUUGUAAGCAGGAGCUGUAUUUCAAAGGGAGAAAUAAAGAAAUGGAAGAUGUGGAUUUUGAGUGAAAACCCAAUGGAUGAUUUUUCCAUCUGAAAUUCAUCUUGUUUCUCUCAAGUAUUUUAAUUGUGAAUUGGUGGAAGUUACUUCAUUCUGUGGUGAAUGGAAAAAGAUGUGAGAAAAAUAAGGAGUAAUAGUGUUUUCCCUUUCUUGUUUAUUUCUUGAUUCUUCAGUCCCGAGUAGCAUUAAACACAAUAGCCAGAUGAAGAUGCUUGUUUGCUCUGAAUGUAUACAGUUAUUUCAGAUGUCAAAUAUCUAAAUGUUUUGUAUAUGUAUGUAAUGCCAUCCUCAAUACUUGUUUCAUGUUAGGAACCUGAAAUGACUGUACCAUUUUAUAAUUAGAUAUGUAAAGAGGGGACAGUGGGUGGGAGGGUCUGUUAUUUUUAUACCAAGAUGUUCCUUGUAUUUAGUGAACAUUUAAAGCAGUUUUGUACUUGUCAAAAUAUACAUUCCAUCCAUUUCCAGAAGAGAAUUAUUUCUAUUUAGAGUAGUUUAUAAGCAAACAAAAAAAAAAAAUAAAAAAAAAAAAGGUGGCAUCCCACUUGUAUGCAGUUCCUGAACAGAGCAGCAGUCCUGGUUUCCAGUGGUGGCUACAAAGCUUUUCCCAGCCAUGUCUCUUCUCACAGGCAGCAGAGCCAUACCAGCAAAUGCCAGUGUUAUAAAGGGAAUAAAAAUCCCAAACGAAGUAAAUACCACAUGGAUCAGUGCACAGCUUAGCAAAAUAACUUUGUUAAGUCCAGAGACAAUGGUCUGUCCCAGUGCAAUUCUCCAAAGUAGUCAGUCCUGCUCUGGGCAGCAGGAGCAGGUUUCCUGGGAGGCUUCAGCCCUCUGCCCCUGCCUGCAGAGCCACCAGCCUCAGCGAGCUGGGGGGAUGCAGGGAUGCACUGUGGCUCUGGCUGUGCUGCAGCUUUGGUUUGGGAAACACCUUCCAAAAGGCCAUGGCAAAGUCACACUGUGGCAUUUGCAUGGGCCAUCCUUUUCCUUGUACUUGGCUUUCUCAUUCCCUCCCUUUCCCCGCUACCUGUGACGUGCUGCCAAAACUGUGCAGUAGCAGUUUGUGAAGAAUUUUUUUUUUUUUUGCCUUUUUUUCCCCUUCUGUACAGUCUUGCAAAUAAACUUUUAACUCUUUGCUGAUGUUUUAUAACAUAUACAUCUUCCUCUCCAAUGCACUUUAUCUCUCUUGAAAAAUGUGGGAGUCGGAGAACUUAAAGGGAUUUGCCUGAAAUCAUGAGACACGUACUUUUUAUUAUUUUGUGUCCUUUUUGCUUUGUUAGAUACUGUAAAUGCUAAAGAGCAUAGACAGUGACUCAGCUGGGGGAAAUACUGAAAUGUUGAGGCUAAUACUUGGAAGCAUUAUUCAGUAGUCCAAUAUGGCUAUUUUUGUUAUAUAGAGGAUUAUAAUGUAAAUAUGUGAGACUGUGUUAUUACGUACUAGUAAAAUAUUGCAACUCUCAAAGUUAAGAUGGUGAAUUCCAAGGAAUUUUAUUGCAAGUUUUUUUAAUAAAACAAAUCUGAUUAUUGUGUUGUA